GCUUGCUCUCUCCCUCUCUCCUCAGCAAUAGGGAAAAUCUACAUGGAUCUGAUAAGGAGCAGUUUCUAUCCUUGUUUUCCAGAUACUGAGUGCCUUAAUCCCUAACUCUAAACACUAGCAGCUCUUGAGCUCAAGGGGAAAGCAGGGUCAGAGUGGGAAGAGAAGCAGGUAGGAAAACUUUCGGAGUCCAGAGACUAAAAGCAAUAAAGUGCAGAUAAUGCAGGGGGUCAGGCCAAGGGCAGGUUUGGGAAGAGGCUCUGCAGAAGGGGAAGAAAGUCAAGGGUGGUCCAGAGCUGACUGAUAACCCCUCUGACAUUCAGGGGCCUGUGACAGCCACUGCAACACCUGAAGCCAUGGCCAGUGAGGAAGAUGAGCCGAGGAAUUGUGUGGUCUGCAGAAACUGAGCCACAGGCUAUCACUUCCAUGCCCUGACUUUUGAGGACUGCAAGGGUUUCUUCAGGCGAACAGUCAGCAAAAGCACCGGUCUCACGUGCCACUUUGCUGGAAGUCAAGGUCAACAAGGCCCAGCCUGCAGGUUGCAGAAGCGCCUAGAUGCUGGCAUGAAGAAGGACACGAUCCCAUCGGCAGAAGCCCGGGCAUUGUGGGGAGCAAGACAGGCCCAGCGACGGGCACAGCAAGCAAGCAUCGAUGCAGCUGUAGCAGAGCUUGUCCAGACACUGCUGGGGGCCCAGACUCGCCACGUCGGCACCACGUUUGACCAGUUUGUGCAGUUCAGGCCCCCAGCUCCUCUGUUUAUCCAUCACCAGGUCUUAAUUCCCAGCUUUUUUAAGUGUCUCAAUCAGACCUGGGAGUUCCUCUCCCUCUCUGAAGUUCAGGCUAGAGUCUAAAGAGCAGGUUUCCUGCUCUGGCCCAUGGAGGACCAGAUCUCCCUUCUCAAGGAAGCAGCUGUAGAAUGUCACAUUGCACUCAAUACCACUUUCUGUCUCCAAACACAAAACUUCUUCUGCGGGCCUCUUCGCUACACAGUAGAAGAUGGAGUGCAUGACCGGCCUGGGAUAACUCAGAAAGAGGGGACUGAUCAGUUGCAAGAGGAGAGAGCGCUGACUCUGCAGAGCUAUAUCAAAGGCCAGAAGCAAAAUCCCCGGGACUGGUUUCUAUAUGCGAAGCUGCUGGGCCUGGUGGCUGAUCUCCGAAGCAUUAACAGUGCGUGUCGGUACCAAAUCGAGAACAUCCAGGGGCUGUCCACCAUGGUGCCAGUGCUCCAGGAGACCUGCAGCUGA